AUGACAAUGACUAAGAGUACAAAGUCCCUGCAAAGGGAUGAAAAUAACAUCAAGGCUGCAAAGAAGGAGAUAUGGAAGGAUGCAGAGAGAAAAGAGGAGGCUGUGAAGAACAUGAUUGGUGGAGAUAACACCAAGAACGAGACUGUCACGAGUGCAAGGAAUAUUCACAAGAUGAAGCCGGCAAAAAUUGAAGAGGAGAAAAAAAAUAUUAAGAGUGGCGAGGAGAAAAAAACAACCAUGACAGAAAAGGCAACGGGGGAGUUUGUGCCUGCGGCCGGGCGGGUGGAAUUCCCCUGGGAGAAAAUCGGGUUCUACAUCCACGCGAAGCAUCCACCGACGACGCGGGCGCUGCGUGCGCUAGCGGCCUCGGGCGCCACCUCUGGCGCUAGCGCCGGCGCAGGCGACGCAGUGCGCAGGUACAUCUCAGAAAAGUACUACAGCGACGUGUACUGGAACACGGCCUUGGCCGCCGGCACGCUCGCGUUCGCAUGGGCCGCAGGCUACGGCGGCGGCGGUGUGUUGGCGCUGGGUGCAGUGCUGCUCUUCUGCUGGACAAUCUACCGCACAGAGAUGCGGCGCUUCAACACAAACUUGCGCGACGACAUGCGGCGCAUUGCCGCAUCUGAGUCGCUCGACACGCGCCUCGAGACAAUGGACUGGCUCAACAGCUUUCUUGCCAAAUUCUGGGUCAUCUACAUGCCCGCAUUGAGCGAAAUGGUCAUCACGCAGGCCAAUAACAUCUUGAAAGACGUCGAGCCGCCUGCGCCGAUUCGCAAGCUCUCGCUUGACGAAUUCACCUUGGGAUCCAAGGCGCCAAGCGUGCGCAGCAUCCGCGCAUACACCAAAUUGGGCAAGGACGUCUACCGUAUGGACUGGGACUUCGGAUUCACACCAAAUGAUACAGAUGGCAUGACGCGCGAGGAGUUGCGCCGCAAAGUCGAUCCGAAGGUGGCGCUCGGCAUUUCCGUCGGCAAAGGUGUCGUCAGCGCCUCGUUGCCCAUCUUGGUCGAGGACAUGUCCUUCAAAGGGCGCCUGCGCAUCACUUUGCGCAUCUGCGACGCCUUCCCCUUCAUCCAGGUUGUAUCUGUGAUGUUUCUCGAGCCUCCAGACAUCGACUACGCCUUGAAACCUGUCGGCGGCAACACAUUCGGCAUCGAUGUGAUGUCCUUGGUGCCGGGUCUCUCGAGUUUUGUCAAGGGCUUGAUCGAUUCCAACUUGCGCCCGAUGAUGUAUGCGCCGAACCACUUCGACGUUGACGUGCGCGCCGCCGUCGAGUCCAGCGUUCCCAGCGCCGUGGGAUGCGUCGGGGUGCGCAUUCGCGCACUCGAGUAUGCGCGCGCCUCUGACACCACCGCCGUCAUCAACCCGUAUGUCGAGUACUGGGUCGAGGGCGCUGCCGAUGCGCGCCACCGCACCACUGACAUCAAGGCAGCCACGCGCACCCCCGUGUUCAACGAGACGGGCUUCUUGUUAGCCGAGGCGCUGACCCAGAAGGUGCGCAUGGAGGUCUGGACCGCUGCGCUGGACGGCGCAUCCGGUGCGCUCAAGACCAGGAAGCUCGCCGAAGCCUCCUUCGACCUUGAGGCGCUUGCACGCGCACCGCGCCAGACCAUGCGCGAGCUCAGGCUCGAGUACAAUGGCCAUGCGGCUGGCCGCAUCGUUGCCGACUGGCAGUGGUUUGCCGUUAGCGCCGCUGCCGCAGCGUCCAGCGCAUCCGGCGUGCUUGUUUUGACGGUACAGGCUGCGCGCGGCCUCUCCACCGAGCGCUCCGUGCUCGGGCGUCUCGCCACAUACGCGGAGGUGCGCGUUGGCGCACACAUCCAGCGCUCGCGCGUCGUCAAGGACUCCAAUGUGCCAGAAUACCGCUUGCACUUCGAGCAGUUGGUGCGCUCCAAGCACGAUGGCGCCGUGUGCAUCGCCAUCAAAGACACCUCAUCGUACGGCGAGACGACCAUUGCUGAGUUGCGCGCGGCUUCCGUUGCGGAGUUCGUGAAGAAGUAUGGCUCAGGCGCAGGCGCAGAUGCGGAUGCAAACGCAGAUGCGCACCCGGUGCGGUUCACGACCGGCGCAGGCGAGCUCACACUGCGCGUGCACUUCAAGCCGUUGCAGCCGGUGCGCAUGGCGGACGACGCCGUGUUCCAGCCGCCGCUAGGCGCAUACCGCGUGCUUGUCGCGCGCUGUGAGCAGCUCCGCAACCUCGAGACGAUCGGAACGAUCGACCCGUACGUGACGGUGCGCACAGGCGGCCGCGAAUAUGCGCGGACACGGGUGAGCGCCUCGACUUUGGACCCGCAGUUCAACGAAGUGUUCUACGUGCCGGUUGCCGCUAAGCGCCAGCCGCUCGAGCUUGUGUGCAUGGACGUGGAGCGCAUGGGCGCAGACCGUGCAGUUGGCCGGUUUACCGUCGACGUUGGGCAGUUCUUUGCGCCAGGGUACGAUGCGCAGGCGGCCGGCGCUGCAGCGCAGGUGGUGCGCGCGCAGCUCACGCGCGGAGGAAAGCCCGCCGGGUACAUCUGGUACAAGGUGGUGUACAUCCCGCUUCUGGCGGUGCAGUCGCGCAGGGAGAAGCUGGCGCAGGCGCAGGAGAAGCGCCGGGAGGAAGCAGCUGCGGGUGGCACAGGUGGCGCAGCAGGGCAGCACAGCCUGAAGGACUUGGAGCAGCAGGCCGCAAUGCUCAAGGACUACGCCAAGCACCCGGACAAGUACGAGUGGGUGGACGAAAAACAACCCAGUGCAUCCUCCAGCAAGCCGGUUAAAGCCUCGCUGACCCUCGAGCAGCUCGCAAGCCACAACUCGGGAGUAAUCGGCAUCAAUGUGCUUUCGGGCCACCUGUCACAGAAAAACUGCUAUGUGCAAUUUCUAUUCGACGAGCGUACUUACCCAGAGUUCACUUCCCCACGGGCCGCCGGCACGUCGUUGGCGUCGUGCGCCGGCCAGGCGUUCAUAAGGGAUCUAGAAAAUUCCAUCAUGACGGUCCGGGUAACACGAAGUCGGGAUGUGGAGUCGAGGAAGGACGUGGUGGCCGAGAUAUCGACGCCGGUCCGCGUCGGCGACGCAUUGCGGAGGUCGUACGACGCGCCGAUCGACGUGAAUCUCCCCGGCUGCAGUAUCCGGCUCAUGCUCGACUACAUCCCCGCGACGGUCGACCUGGGCCCCUCAGAGACGAUGCUGGACACAGGCACGCUCAAGUUGACGUUUGUGUCGGCCUCCGGGUUGAAGGCGGCGGACCUCCGGGGCAAGUCAGACCCAUUUUGUGCCGUUGACGUGGACGGACGGCAGGUUUUCCGGUCGCAAACGGUGAAAAAGUGCCUCGACCCGGUUUUCAACGAGGACUGCAGCAUCGUGGUGCCCUCGCGGACCCGCACGCAGCUCACGGUGCGUGUCAUGGACUGGAAUGCCGCGGGGGACAACGAUCCGUUAGGCCACGUGGCACUUGACCUCACCCGGCUGCCACCGGGCACUCCCACCGCACUGAACUGCCGCUUGAGCACCCAGGGCACCUUGAGUCUCCGGGCCACGUUCCGGCCGAUGUACGUGCGGUCGUCCGGGGGUGCCGCGGGAGGAGUUGCAGAAGGAGCAUUGGGAGUUGCCGGGGGAGUUGCCGGAGUUGCCGGGGGAGUUGCAGGGGGAGCACUUGGUGUUGCCAACGGUGCUGCCACCGGGCUUUUCAAGGGCUUCCAUCGUGGAAAUGCAUCCAAGUCUGAUGAGAAGUCCAAAGGGAGGUCUAAAGGAAAUUCUGAACUAGCAGAAUCCAUCCACAAAUCCAUCAAUCCUCCCGCUGCCCCCUCCAUCCGCCGCUCUAUGGACACAAACGCAUCCUUCGCAUCCUCUGCCAUCCCAGGCGACUCCAUCCCGGGCACUGCCACCAUCUCCGGGCUCUCCUUCGCAGCCCCCUGGUCCGGAUCGGAUCCUCUCUGCGUCAAGGUCUCGCUCCAGUCGCCCAGAAAGUCGAAAAACAUCCACCGCACACACCGCGCCAAGUUCGACAAUGCCUCCCACAGCUUCUCCUGGCAUGAAUCCGUGCCCUUCAAAGCUGCACCGGGUGCACGCAUCGUCUUCUCAGUCGAGGUCUACCACCGCUUGGGACGCAGCACCCAGUUGGGCUCGGCCUCUGUCACUUUGGCCGAUGUUUCCGGCAUCUCCGACCCCAUGCCUCUUGCUUUGACUGUCGGUAGCCAGGAGGCUCAUCUCACUGUUGCUUUCAACUACGGCGCUUGA